AUGUCCCCUGUUAGAGGAUAUAUCACAACGUAUCCUCCACGAGUGCGCCAAUAUGCAAACGCCUUGUUGACGCCGGUCUACCCUGCGCAAACCGGUCCCACGCCGCGCACAACGAAGCGCGGUACGACGGCCAUUAAUUAUGCCGAAGAUGGAUUCGAUGAUGAUGACUUUGAUGAUAGUGAUGGCCCGCGACGUCCAACAGGUCUGAGAAGCCUGCGCCGGGAAGAGUCCAGUGGGGGUGUGAUAGCCAUUUCAGAAAAGCUGGGUAAAGAAGUUUAUGCGCCUGUGGAGGUCCAGGGUGUGUUCCGUGAAUGGAUGAUAAAGCGAAUGUUGAGACCAGCUUGUGCAGAGCAGCUUGAACUUCAAUCACAGCUGCCUUACAUUCCCAUCCCGAUCCGACUCGACGUGGAAGUGCCCGCUCACCAACCAGUUGAACCAUUCCCUCCCCCGCGAGGUGCUACGGAUCCAACUAUCAAUCUAGCUCACCCCGCAUACCGCCGACCUGAUCCUGUUCCUGCGUUCCGUAUCAAGGACCUUCUUUUAUGGAAUCUGCAUGAGGCACUAUGCACCCCAGAUGAAUUUGCAGUUAGCUUUGUGCGAGAACUCGAUCUUCCUAACCACCAAGCCUUGGCAAUGACGAUCAGUAAUCAGAUUCGACAGCAGCUUGAAGAAUAUGCUGGUGUAGCCUUGCACCCUUUGUUCCAGAUUCAUCAACCCUCUCGAGUCCAGGAACCUAUGCAGACAAUGGCUUCUCCCAGUGCGUCAAUGACUCCAGGCACAACUACCCGGGCGACGCCAGACAGUCGUCUGGGUGCUCCUCCUGUUACCACAACCGCAAGGCCUCUGGAGAAUGAUAGCCUCCUAAACCCUGAUGACGCCUACCGCUGUUUGAUCAAUCUCAACAUCAAUCUUGGGGACAAACUGUAUACCGACAAACUCGAGUGGUCGUUGCUCCACCCUCCUGGCCGAGCUGAAGAGUUUGCCCAAGUCACUUGCGAUGAUAUGGGUCUCAAGGGCGAGUGGAAAAUGGCAAUUGCACAUGGCAUCUAUGAAGCUGUCCUGAAACUUAAGAAGGAAAUUCUUGAGAGCGGUGGCCUUCUGACCGGAAUCAGUGGCUUGGGAGACGAGAUCGACAAUGACUCUCCUGACGGCCAGAUAGCCGGUAUUCGCUAUUACCCUGAGAAUAUGGGAUCUGAAUGGGAGCCUAGAAUUGAAACCUUGUCUGCGGAGGAAAUUGAACGCCGAGAGGGCGAUCGGGAACGCCAAAUCCGACGUCUCCGCCGAGAGACUGCGCGCUUCUCUUCCACUGCUGGUAUCACCCCCGAGGCUUCCCGCCAGAGCAGCGGAUACUUUGAUGUCGACAGUGAAACCCCUCUGGGUCGUGGUGAGCGAAACAAGCGCAAGCGUCGUUUCCGUAGCAUCAGCCCACAGGGCAGAGGUGGUACUCCUGGUGGUCGUGGUACACCUGAUACAGGUUCUGGUGCUGGCUAUGGUGGAGGCGGUGGUACUCUUAUGGAAUGGGAGCGACAGAGUUGGCGUUGCAGCCACUGCCGAGUCUGGGGAACAUCUGCCUGGGCCGUCCGUGAUGGACCUGAUGGUCAACGCACCCUUUGCCACAAUUGUGGAUUCCUCUACGAACGAGACAAGAUCCUGCCGGAAUGGUCAAAGGAUCUUCAUCGCCACGACAUUCCCGCUGGCCGUCUAGCCUAG